GGGGUUCUCAGCCUCAUGAGGGCCAUCUUAGCCGCAGCCGUCUGCUUCGUCUUGCUCCGGUGGUCGUGCGCGCAUGCGAGCCGAUUGCUCCCCGGCGAGCUGAGCCGAGCGGGCUCGGGACGUGACGAGGUGCGUGCCGAGUUCUUGGAGGCGCCGGAGUAUCGGAACGGGCCGGGGUGUCGGAAGUCGAAUGGGGAUGCGGGCGGCGGCUCGGUUUGCGACCCGUCGCUCGUCCGGAUAGCGAUGACUCUCGAUCUCGAGUACCUGAGGGGCACGGUGGCGGCGGUGCACUCCGUCCUGAAGCACGCUUCCUGCCCUGAGAACAUCUUCUUCCACUUCAUUGCUUCGGCUUCGGCGAAUCAGGAGAGCUUGGCGGGAAUCCUCCGGUCGGCGUUUCCUUCCCUCAGGUUCAAGAUAUAUGGCUUCGACGAGGGUUUGGUUCGUCGCAUGAUAUCCUCCUCGGUCCGGCAAGCCCUGGAGAACCCGCUGAACUACGCGAGGUCCUACUUGGCGGACCUACUCGAGCCGUGCGUCGAGCGGGUGAUAUACUUGGACUCGGACGUCAUUCUAGUCGAUGACAUCCUGAAACUGUGGAGCAUCCCGCUAACCGGGUCGAGAGUGAUUGGAGCGCCCCAGUAUUGCCACGCCAACUUCACCAAGUACUUCUCGGAGGAGUUCUGGUCGGACACCGAGCUUCCCAAGGUCUUUGCUGGGAAAAGGCCGUGCUAUUUCAAUACGGGAGUGAUGGUGAUGGAUUUGGUCAGGUGGAGAGAGGGUAAUUACAGGAGGCGGAUUGAGGGAUGGAUGGAGAUUCAGAGGGAGAGGCGGAUCUAUGAGCUGGGCUCGCUGCCGCCAUUCUUGCUCGUGUUUGGCGGGGACGUCGAGGCGAUCGAUAGGAGGUGGAAUCAACACGGAUUGGGCGGAGACAAUGUGGUGAACAGUUGCAGGAAACUCCAUCCUGGCCCUGUGAGCCUAUUGCAUUGGAGUGGUAAAGGGAAGCCCUGGACAAGGCUUGAUUUGAAGAUGCCUUGUCCUGUGGACUACUUGUGGAUGUCUUAUGAUUUGCACAGUUCGAAGGACAGUUCUACUGCGGCUCAACAAUUAUAAUGAGCAUAGACUCUUGUGUUUGCUAUGUUCGGCUCGAGAAUUGAUUGAUGAGAUUCUUUCAUUUUUAUGUAUAUACAGGGAUGUUGUAAAACUCAAAGUAGGAAAUAUACACAGAAGAGGUCGUCCCCCAUUACAGCUGGGGAUCAACAUUUUUGCUAUUGCAA